CGAAGUAAGUUGCAAAGGGGAAGGAGCCGAAUUGAUUGCAUAGACUCUUUGCUGUGGACACCUGAUUCGAAUAUUUUGUUUGUUCAGUGAAGUGAGAAAUAGAGAAGAAGAGUAAUGGCGUGGAGACUGAACUCGGGUGAUAUAGCCGGAUUCAAAAUUCUGUUUAGUCUGGGGAUUUUGUACGGAUUGAUAUCGGUCCUUGUAUACUCCAUCAUUCACAUGAAGUUCAUCACACCUCUUCCCAUGGAUGCUCCUCCUGAUCGCUUCUCUGAGGCCAGAGCUAUUGAGCAUGUCCGCGUCUUAUCAAAGGAUAUCGGAGGUCGCCAGCAAGGGCGUCAAGGUCUGAGACUAGCGGCGCAAUAUAUUAUGACACAGUUGGAACUGAUGAAGGAGCGAGCUCAACCUGGUAUUAGAAUAGAGAUAGAAGAGACCAUUGUUAAUGGCUCAUUCAAUAUGUUCUUUUUACGGCAUAGCAUCUCUCUGGCUUAUAGAAAUCAUACAAAUAUUAUUAUGAGAAUCUCAUCAGUGGAUUCAGGAGAAAAUGAUUCUGCAGUUUUGAUAAAUGGCCAUUUCGAUACUCCACCUGGUUCUCCAGGAGCUGGUGAUUGUGGUUCUUGUGUUGCAUCGAUACUCGAGCUAGCCAGACUCUCUGUUGAUUCCGGCUGGAUUCCACCUAGACCAGUAAUAUUUCUAUUUAAUGGAGCUGAAGAACUGUUUAUGCUGGGUUCGCACGGUUUCAUAACUACGCAUAGAUGGAAUGAGACGAUUGGAGCAUUUAUAGAUGUUGAAGCUUCUGGGACUGGAGGCCUCGAUUUGGUUUGCCAAUCUGGACCUGGGUCCUGGCCUUCAUAUGUUUAUGCUCAAUCAGCACUCUAUCCUAUGGCAAAUAGUGCAGCUCAGGAUCUCUUUGGUAUAAUUCCUGGUGAUACAGACUACAGAAUGUUUGCCCAAGAUUUUGGCGAUAUUCCUGGCCUGGAUAUCAUCUUCCUCCUUGGGGGUUAUUUUUAUCAUACCGCAUCUGAUACUGUUGAAAGACUAUUACCUGGAAGCAUCCAAGCACGUGGAGACAAUUUAUUAAGAAUAAUCAAAGCCUUCACCAACUCAUCUAACCUGCAAAAUGCACAUCAAAGGAGAUUAAGAUCUGCUGUCAAUAGAUCUGACAAUGAACGUGCAGUUUUCUUUGAUUACUUGUCAUGUUUCUUGGUAUACUAUUCACGAAAGCAAGCUAUGUUUCUUCAUAGUUUACCUGUUGUCAUCUUUUUUCUUGUGCCACUUCUCCUACGCUUUCCAACUUGGGGACUGACCUGUUGUUUUGCAACCUUUUAUGAUUUUCUUAAAGGGAUGUUAUGUCAUGCUUUUGCAAUUUUGCUAGCAAUUGUUUUUCCAGUUGCCUUUGCUGUCAUAAGACUGCUGUUUUCUAGUCAGUCAAUGAACUGGUUUUCUACACCAUAUUUGGCAUUCAUGAUGUUUGUACCUAGUUCACUUGCUGGGAUGUUGAUUCCAAGAAUGCUCUGGAAAAGCUUCCCUCUGACUCAAGAUGUUUCUAUCCUGAAGUUGUCAAAAGAGGAACUAGUUACUGAAGCUAGAUUUUGGGGAGCAUUUGGGUUGUAUUCGAUUUUAACAUUGGCUUACCUUGCUGCGGGGCUGAGUGGAGGUUUCUUGACAUUUGUAAUGUCAGCAUUCAUGCUUCUUGCUUGGAUUUCCUUUCGCCUGUCUAUGAAGUCCUUUGUUGUCGGAUCAUUUAGGUCAACUGCAUGUUAUGUGAUCCCUCUCAUUCCUUGUCUAAUGUACACGGUGUAUUUUGGCGGAUUUCUUGUUGCUUUUGUGAUUGAAAAAAUGGGCAUGACAGGCUCACUUCCCCCACCUUUUGGGUACUUCAUUCCUGAUGUUAUAGUGGCAGCAAUUAUUGGACUGGGGACUAGUUGGUCUGUUGGACCUAUUUUGCCUGUUGUGAGCCACUGGUUAGCCAGGUCAUCUAUACUGCAUUUUUUGCUACACAGCAGCAUUCUCGCUUUGGCUCUUUCAUCACAAUUCUUUCCGUACAGUACCGAUGCACCUAAAAGAGUUAUAUUCCAGCAUACCAUCCGAAAUGCAGGUGCCAGUAAAAUUAUGGAAACUACCUAUGAUUUUGCCGUUGUUGACUCCAACACUCUGCCUUUCGUUUUCAAGCAUGCCCCUGAAGUGGCCAACACACUGCACAUUAAUACAGAAUUAUCCUUUGAUGCUGUCAAGCAGUCUCAUCAAGAGGAGUGGAUGGGGAUCUUUCCAAUAUCUUCGCUGUUUUCAAGAUGCAUGAAGUUUCCUGCAAAAGGAUCAGAUGUUUCGGUUGAAUACAAUCAUUUCCCACAUCUAACGACUAAUAAGCCACAAGAGAAUUUGAGUGGGGGUUCCCAUAGGAUCUACUUGGAGUUCUCCCUCGGUUCCUUGAAGGAAGUGUGGGUUGCAGUCCUCAAUAUUACUGGUUCGCUAUCCAGCUGGUCAUUUGCAGAUAACAUUCUUCCAGUUCCUGAGAAGACUGGUAAUGGUCCGCCAUCAUAUAUAUGUAGAUUAAGUGGUGCAGGCGAUAAAAACUGGACCUUUUGGUUGGAGGAAGAUACAUUACAGAUAAUGCAAUGCAUUAUCUAAAGAGGAAAACACAAGUCAAAGUGGGUUAUGCGGCAAUUAAGACGGGUAUGAGGAAAGCUUAUGAUCGCGUUGAAUGGGGUUUUCUACGAGCAAUGAUGAUAAAGAUUGGAUUUUGUUCGGAGUGGGUGAAUAAAGUUAUGCAUAUGGUAACCGCAGUUACUUAUCAAUUUAGUCAUGGUGGCAAGCAGUUAGGAAAAUAUUUCUCCAAGAAGAGGCUUGACGCAAGGUGAUCCUAUAUCACUUUAUCUAUUUUUGAUAGGUGUGGAGGGUUUGUCAGUGUUGUUGAAGCGAAUGUCUAUUCAGGGCCGAAAUCAUGAUGUUAAAAUUUGUACUAAAGCACCAUCUAUUUCACACCUAUUUUUUGCGGAUGAUGCUUUAUAUUUUUUUAAAGUGGAGUUCAUGGUACACUAACUUAACCUUCAAGGUCAAAUAGGGCUAUAGUGAACAUCAAUCCACUAUCUAGCUCAAAAUUGCAAAGGAGGAGGCAAAAACUAUUAAGUUAUGUUUGGAGAUACAUCAGGCAGCCUCUCGCCUACAGGUAAAUUUUCAAAGUUUUUAUAUUUUUUAGCCGUAAUACUAAUGAAAGUGUGAAGAAAGAGAUUGCGGAUAUCUUCCAUGUUAAGGAGGUGAAUGCUCCUAGAAAGUAUCUUGGCUUGCCGACAGUGGUGGGAAGAAGCAAAAAAAUAGUCUUUGCUUAUAUUCAGGAUAGAGUAAUCUCAAAGAUAAAAAGUUAGAAGUGCACAGUCUCUUACGAGCAGGACGAGAAGUAUUGUUCAAAACAGUGAUUGAAUCAAUUCCAACUUAUGUGAUGAAUAUGUUCUUGAUUCGCAGUAAUAUAUGAGAACCUGUUGAAAGAGCCAUGAAUGGAAUUUUGUGGAAAUUGGGAAAGAGCAAAAAUCAAGGGAUAAGGUGGAUGUCUUGACAUAAAGUUUGUGUCUGCAAGGAGGAUGGGGGUUUGGGCUUUCAAAAGUAGUAAGAAACAUUACCCAAAUUUAGGACCAAUCGUCCACCAAAACAAAUUCAAAAAUUGAGGGCUCUUCUCCGCCAACUUGCCAAAAAUAGUUUUCCCCGAUUUUCAGAUCUUUUAUAUCAGCUAAACCAUUGCAAUUGUGAAACCGUCUUCACAAUUGUGAUGCCGCAACUGUGGACUUCCCAUCGCGAAAGCGGAGACUCACUGGAUGGACCCUUUUGCAAUUGCUACCUUGGCCCUCGCAAAUGCAGACAAUCAACCAUUGAUUAACUGUCACAAUUGUAAUCCCUGACUUGCUUUUGCAGAGGUCUAGCCUAGAGCCUCACUAUGUAUAGGCGAGCCUUUGGCCGCAAAUGUGAUGCACCAGUUGACAUCAAUAUCAGUUGUUCUGCAACAACUACAUUCUUCAUCCAAACUCCUUGAGUCCCAAAUUCUCGUAUGCCAACCAGUCCAAAAACAUGAUAUAUACCUAACCGAAGCUUCAAAUAACACAACAGCACACAAACUCAAAAAGAGGGGUUAGGUUUUUGAUUUUUCAUUUAAGCCUUCCAAAUUAAGAUCGAUUUCCAAAACAUUCGUGAGCCAUUGGGGUCUUAACCCAAACUAUCCCGCUAAGUCCAAAAAGGUAAAACCAAGCUAUCUAGAAUAUUAAAGCAUGAACUAAAGUACUAUUGCUCAAAACGGAGGUUUGAAUUGUUACUUUCAGGCUGCACUUGCCUAUAUCAGCCACUCUUGCGGCAGGAGUGCAUUAAGCCCUGGAGGAUGACCCCUCUCUCUCUCUGACUUCUAUUUGACAUCUUUUAGAUAUUUUGACACAAUAACCCUUUUACAACAUAUACCAAACACUUCAAUUACCCCAUGUGGCUUCCUCAACGAAUCGAGGAUUCUUUAAACACGCCCGUACACUCAUAAAAUUUAAUCCUAAUUUAUUUUUAAAAAUUUAUGGACUUUACAUUGA